AUGGCGUUUAUUAAAGAGGAGAGUGAAGAUGUGAAGAUUGAAGAAACAUUCACAGUCAAACAGGAAGAUCCACAGGAACAAACAGAACUAAUUGAAGAGAAUAAGGGGAGGAAAGAGGAGAAACAUCAUGUCAAAAUUGAGGAAAAAACUAAUUUACAGACUGAUGGCAUUUUGAAAUGGAGAGACCAGAAUCGUUUCACCUGCACUCAGUGUGGAAAGAGUUUUGGAAGAAAAGGGGAUUUUUUUAAGAUUCACAUGAGGAUCCACACUGGAGAGAAACCAUUCACAUGCACUCAGUGUGGGAAGAGUUUCAGCCGAUCAUCACACCUUAAUGAACACAUGAAGAUCCACACUAGAGAGAGACCAUUCACUUGCACUCAAUGUGGGAAGGGUUUCACCCUAUCAUCACACCCUAAUCGACACAAGAAGAUCCACACUAGAGAGAAACCCUUCACUUGCACCCAGUGUGGAAAGACUUUUAACUACUCAUCAUGCCUUAAUGAACACAUGAGGAUCCACACUGGAGAGAAACCAUUCACAUGCACUCAGUGUGGGAAGAGUUUCAGCCGAUCAUCACACCUUAAUGAACACAUGAGAAUUCACACUGGAGAAAGGCCAUACACAUGCCAACAGUGUGGGAAAAGCUUCCAUAAAACAGGAAACUUAACAGUGCACAUGAGAAUUCACACUGGAGAGAGGCCAUACACAUGCCAACAGUGUGGGAAAAGCUUUCAAACUACAGGAAACUUAACAGUGCACAUGAGAAUUCACACUGGGGAGAAGCCUUACUCUUGCCCUCAGUGUGGAAAAAGUUAUAAUCAAAAUAGCAACCUUGAAACUCACAUGAGGAUUCACACUGGAGAGAAACCAUUUACAUGCACUCAGUGUGGGAAGAGUUUUAGCAAAUCAUCAUCGCUUUAUAGACACAUGAAGAUCCACACCGGAGAAAAACCAUUCACAUGCACUCAUUGUGGGAAGAGUUUCAACCACUCAUCAUUCCUUAAUCUACACAUGAGGAUCCACACUGGAGAGAAACCAUUAACAUGCCCUCAGUGUGGGAAGAGUUUUAGCAAAUCAUCGUCGCUUUAUAGACACAUGAAGAUCCACACCGGAGAAAAACCUUUCACAUGCACUCAGUGUGGGAAGAGUUUUAGCUGCUCAUCAUCCCUUAAUAAACACAUGAGGAUCCAUACCGGAGAAAAACCAUUCACUUGCACGCAGUGUGGGAAGAGUUUCAGCCUAUCAACAUCCCUUCAUCAACACAUGAGGAUCCACACUGGAGAGAAACCAUUCACAUGCCCUCAGUGUGGGAAGAUUUUCAGCAAAUCAUCAUCCCUUAAUCUACACAUGAGGAUCCACACUGGAGAGAAACCAUUCACAUGCCCUCAGUGUGGGAAGAGUUUCAUCCACUCAUCACACCUUAAAAACCACAUGAAGAUUCACACUAGUGUAAAAGAGUAUGUGUGCUUGGAGUGUGAGAAGACUUUUAUUACAGCUGCAGAAUUGAAACGGCACCAGAGGAUUCACACUGGAGAAAAACCGUACAAGUGUUCACACUGCAGUAAGAGUUUGGCAAGCAAAAGCAAGCUAAAGAAUCACAUGAGGAUUCACACUGGAGAGAAACCAUUCACAUGCACUCAUUGUGGGAAGUGUUUCAGCCACUCAUCAUACCUUAAUCUACACAUGAGGAUCCACACUGGAGAGAAACCAUUAACAUGCCCUCAGUGUGGGAAGAGUUAUAGCAAAUCAUUGUCGCUUUAUAGACACAUGAUGAUCCACACUGGAGAAAAACCAUUCACUUGCACUCAUUGUGGGAAGAGUUUCUGCGAUGCAUCAUACCUUAAAAAACACAUGAGGAUCCACACUGGAGAAAAACCAUACACAUGCGCUCAGUGUGGGAAGAGUUUCAGCAAAUCUUCCGGGCUUUAUAGUCACAUGAUGAUUCACACUGGAGAGAAACCAUUUACAUGCACUCAGUGUGGGAAUAGUUUCAGCAAAUCAUCAUACCUUAAUCAGCACAUGAGGAUCCACACUGGAGAGAAACCAUUCACGUGCACUCAGUGUGGGAAGAGUUUCAGCCAAUCAUCAUCCCUUAAUCAGCACAUGAGGAUCCACACUGGAGAGAAACCAUUUACUUGCACUCAGUGUGGGAAGGGUUUCAGCUGCUCAUCAUCCCUUAAUAAACACAUGAUGGGCCACACUGGAAAGAAACCAUUCACAUGCACUCAGUGUGGGAAGAGUUUCAGCCGAUCAUCAUCCCUUAAUCACCACAUGAGGAUCCACACUGGAGAGAAACCCUUUACUUGCACUCAGUGUGGGAAGAGUUUCAGCCGAUCAUCAUCCCUUAAUCAACACAUGAGGAUCCACACUGGAGAGAAACCAUUCACAUGCACUCAGUGUGGGAAGAGUUUCAGCAAAUUAUCAUCGCUUUAUAGACACAUGAAGAUCCACACCGGAGAAAAACCAUUCACAUGCACUCAUUGUGGGAAGAGUUUCAGCCAAUCAUCAUACCUUAAUCUACACAUGUGGAUCCACACUGGAGAGAAACCAUUCACCUGCCCUCAGUGUGGGAAGAAUUUUAACCAAUCAUCAUACCUUAUUAAACACAUGAGGAUCCACACUGAUGUGAGAGAGUAUAUGUGCUUGGAGUGUGAGAAGACUUUUAUUACAGCUGCAGAACUGAAACGGCACCAGAAGAUUCACACUGGAAAGAAACCCUAUACCUGUCAACGGUGUGGGAAGAGUUUCAACCAAUCAUCAUCCCUUAAGAUUCACAUGAGGAUCCACACUGGAGAGAAACCAUUCACAUGCACUCAGUGUGGGAAGAGUUUCAGCCAAUCAUCAUCCCUUAAUCUACACAUGAGGAUCCACACUGGAGAGAAACCAUUCACAUGCACUCAGUGUGGGAAGAGUUUCAGCCAAUCAUCAUCCCUUAAUCUACACGUGAGGAUCCACACUGGAGAGAAACCAUUCACAUGUCCUCAGUGUGGUAAGAGUUUCAGCCAUUCAUCACAUCUUAACUGUCACAUGAAAAUACACACUGGAGAGAAACCAUUCACAUGCCCUCACUGUGGGAAGAGUUUCAGCCAAUCAUCACACCUUAACUGUCACAUGAAAAUACACACUGGAGAGAAACCAUUCACUUGCCCUCAGUGUGGGAAGAGUUUCAGCCAAUCAUCAAACCUUAACUGUCACAUGACAAUCCACACUGGAGAGAAACCAUUCACAUGCACUCAGUGUGGGAAGAGUUUUACCUGCUCAUCACACCUUCAUCAACACAUGAGGAUCCACACUGGAGAGAAACCAUUCACAUGCACUCAGUGUGGGAAGUGUUUUAACUGUUCAUCACACCUUAAUCAACACAUUAGGAUCCACAGUGGAGAGAAACCAUUCACAUGCACUCAGUGUGGGAAGAGUUUCAGCCAAUCAUCACACCUUAAUCAACACAUCAUGAGCCACACUGGAGAGAAACCAUUCAUAGACAAGCGUUGUUUUACCUGCAAUCAGUGUGGGAAGAGUUUGGCAAACAAAAGCAAACUAAAGAUCCACAUGAGGAUCCACAAUAGAGAGAAACUAUUCACAUGCACUCAGUGUGGGAAGAAUUUCAACCAAUCAUCACACCUUAAUCAACACAUGAGGAUUCACACUGGAGAGAAACCAUUCACAUGCACCCAGUGUGGGAAGAGUUUCAGCAACUCAGCAAACCUUAAUCAACACAUGAGGAUUCACACUGGAGAGAAACCAUUCACAUGCACUCAGUGUGGGAAGAGUUUCAGCCAAUCAUCAUACCUUAAUAUACACAUGAGGAUCCACACUGGAGAGAAACCAUUCACAUGCCCUCAGUGUGGGAAGAGUUUCAGCCAAUCACAAUACCUUAAUCAGCACAUGAGGAUCCACACUGGAGAGAAACCAUUCACAUGCAGUCAGUGUGGGAAGAGUUUCAGCCAAUCAUCAUCCCUUAAUCUACACAUAAGGAUACACACUGGAGAGAAACCAUUCACAUGUACUCAGUGUGGUAAGAGUUUCAACAAAUCAUCAAUCCUUAAUAUACACAUGAGGAACCACACUGGAGAGAAACCAUUCACAUGCCUUCAGUGUGGGAAGAGUUUUAGCCAAUCAACAUCCCUUAAUCAACACAUGAGGAUCCACACUGGGGAGAAACUAUUCACAUGCACCCAGUGUGGGAAGAGUUUCAGCAACUCAGCAAACCUUAAUCAACACAUGAGGAUUCACACUGGAGAGAAACCAUUCACAUGCAGUCAGUGUGGGAAGAGUUUCAGCCAAUCAUCAUACCUUAAUAUACACAUGAGGAUCCACACUGGAGAGAAACCAUUCACAUGCCCUCAGUGUGGGAAGAGUUUCAGCCAAUCACCAUACCUUAAUCAUCACAUGAGGAUCCACACUGGAGAGAAACCAUUCACAUGUACUCAAUGUGGGAAGAGUUUCAGCCAAUCAUCAAACCUUAAUAUACACAUGAGGAAUCACAGUGGAGAGAAACCAUUCACAUGCACUCAGUGUGAGAAGAGUUUUAGCCAAUCAACAUCCCUUAAUCGACACAUGAUGAUCCACACUGGAGAGAAAGAGUUUAUGUGCUUGAAGUGUGAGAAGACUUUUAUUACAGCUGCAGAAUUGAAACGCCACCAGAGGGUUCACACUGGAGAAAAAACGUACAAGUGUUCACAGUGCAGUAAGAGUUUUGGAAGAAAAGGCAAUCUUAAGAUUCACAUGAGAAUCCACACUGGAGAGAAACCGUUCACAUGCAUUCAGUGUGGAAAGAGUUUCAUCCAAUCAUCAUCCUUUAAUCUACACAUGAGAUUUCACACUGGAGAAAAACCAUUCACAUGCACUCCGUGUAGGAAGAGAUUCAGCAACUCAUCAGACCUCAAUAAACACAUGAAGACCCACACUGGAGAGAAACCAUUUACAUGCACUCAGUGUGGGAAAAGUUUCAGCCGCUCAUCACACCUUAAACAACACAUGAUGAUCCACACUGGAGAGAAACCAUUCACAUGCACUCAGUGUGGGAAGAGUUUCAGCAACACAUCAGACCUUAAUAAACACAUGAGGAUCCACACUGGAGAGAAACCAUUCACAUGCACUCAGUGUGGGAAGAGUUUCAGCCGCUCAUCAGACCUUAAUAAACACAUGAGGAUCCACACUGGAGAGAAACCAUUUACAUGCACUCAGUGUGGGAAGAGUUUCAGCUGCUCAUCACACCUUAAUAAACACAUGAUGAGCCACACCAUUCAGAGUAACCAUUCAUUUGCACUUAAGCCAUGGUGACACUGGACUUUUCUCCCCAUAGACAUCAAUUCAUACACACGUGAAUGCAUCAGACGGGAAAUGCAAUUUUGUGCAUCAAGUUUCGCAGUUCACUGCGUUGCAAAGUUUAAGCUUGGGGAACUCUGACCUGCCAAAUCGCUUUACUUGACUUUGUGAGACCAAUAGAAGAUGGUUAACAUGACCUCCCUGGACAGAAAUGUAAAAUAUGGACCAAUCGCUCACUUUUUUAAUGCUUAAUCAUCUCGUUUAAUCCCGCCCUUUUUCGCAGCGCCAUACAACAGAAUUUCGAAAGCUCAAAUUCUAGUGUGACCGCAGCUUCGGUGUGGGAUAAGUUUCAGCAACUCAUCAGACCUUAAUAAACACAUGAAGACCCACACUGGAGAGAGACCAUUUACAUCCACUCAAUGUGAGAAGAGUUUCAACCAGUUAGCAAAGCUUAAUAAACACAUGAAGAUCC